CGAGUGAGCGAGAGAGAGAGCGAGAGAGAGAGCGCGAGAGCGAGUGAGAGAGCCUUUAUUUUGAAAUUCGCCAGCAGGAAAUGUGUCCGUACGUACACACAUAGCAAGCCAUGCUAGGCAGCUAACGCCAGACACGAGCCCUGAAGCUGGUCAGCGAAUGUCCAGCUGCUCUGUUUAAAAUGGAGAAGCAGGAGUUCUCGAGAUCGAGCGGUCCAGGCUCCAGGCUGCCGCUCUCCUCUCUGCGCCUCCUGGUUCCACCUUUGCAUCUGAUGUACACGUUCAUGUGGCAGAUCCUGCUGCAGAGAAACGUGCAGCAUUACGGGAAACUGGAGGAGUUCGUGUCCUUGGUCACAGAGACUGUUCCCCACCUGCUGAAUUACAGACAAAGAGCGCAGCUCCUCCUGGGUCUGAGGGCAAGAAUGGUUUUGGAGGCGUUACGAGGCUCAUCCGAUACGAAAACGAUCCAUGCUCACUUGGAGAGAAUGAGACUCCCUACCAUCCCGACUGGAGCCCCAGUACACAUAGAUUCAGAUUUGGAACUGUCAGUGUCCAACUUCAAAGCACUGGUCCUUGCACUGCUGAAGGACCCAGCAGAAAAAGCCUGUUUCUUUCAGGUGGUGUUUCCUGUGGAAUAUGGCCCGAAGUAUGACACGGCUCUAAAGGAGCUAAUGUGGGAACUGCUCUUCUGUCUGGAAAGGCUGUUUCCUGUUCCAGACUUUAAAAAGACGCUGUCUUGGCUCACCCCUGCGCCUGCCGGCCUGGACGAAUGUAUGCAGUCCGAACCGAAAUGGUUGCAAGCUCUGUUACAGCAACAUGAGGUCAUCGGCAGUGGGGACAAAGAGAAUUGGAGCAAAGUUUCCAAAACGGGGACAACUCUUUCCACAUCAGGGAACUGCAUCCUUUCCUCCCUCUCCAUUCCUCCAUCAACACAUGUUGCGGUCGCCACCGAACCCAUGGUCUACCACAUCCAGCCCACCACCGUGACCAUCCUGAGUCAGAAUGCCCUGGGCCAGCUGGGCACAGAGGCCAUCAUCGUGACUGACUACACAGAAGUUGAGCUGAGCAGUAACGAAGUGGCAGAGAUCACAGAGGUCAGUCACAACAACACUGAGGAAUCGGUGAGGAAAUGUGUGGAGCAGGAUAAAGAGAGCAGCUCUAUGUUGGCCAUUCUCAGUGACGAAGUUGCCGGAGAAGAGGAAGAGAUUACCGUCAGCCAGCAAGUGGAGCUCCGUGAGGAACCACAGGACAGAAACGGAGAGGCUAGAAAUUUUUGUGAGAAAUCAACACAGUGUGACAUUAUAAUGGAGAUUCUAGGAGAUGGAGGGGGAUUAGUGUCCAUCAGAGCUGAACCUGAGAGAGAAAAUAAAGGCGAACAGAAACAGGAGGACGUAGCACAGGCUUCUGACGAUGGUCAAGAGGAUAGUGGACAGUGUAACUGCACUCUAGAGGAAGACGAAAGCAUGUCUAUAGAAGGCGGAGAACAGACAGUGCAGCCCCGACGGAGGCGUGGCAGACCGAGGAAGAAUGCUGCUCCGCCAAAAGAGGUUCAGUCUGGGAGACGGAGAGGACGGCCUCCGUCAGUCACAGUGGAAAAUGCCACUGAGACAAAGAAAAAUGAAGACGGAGAGAAAAAAGUUGCGAAGCCCAGCAAACUUGAAGCAGGCCAGAAUGGUGGUCAGACUACAGUGAAAACUAGAGGUCUUCGAACAAGAUUGGAACCACAGCCUGAAGCUUCUGAAAACCCUCGCGCUCGCUAUACCUGUAACGUCUGUGGACGGAAGUUCACCCGCUCGUCUGACGUUCGGCGCCAUCAGCUCACCCACACCGGCGAGCGUCCCUUCCGCUGCACUCAGUGUGAGAAGACCUUCCAGCAUUCAUGGGAUCUGACCAAGCACUGCAAGAAGUUCCAUGGCGAGGCCACCUUCUCGUGCCAGCUCUGCUGCAAGAGUUUCGUAAACCUGCGGGCUCUGACUGCCCACCACAAGGAGAGCCACACAGAACAGCUUCCCCUUUACUGCUCCAUCUGCGGGGAGGUCAGCCCCAGUUCUAGCGCCCUUAUCGAGCACCGCAGGAUGCACAGCGCCACUCACCAGUACAAGUGCGAUGAGUGCGGUGAAGGCUUUGAUACUUUACUGCAGCGUUCCGCACAUCGCGAGAGCCACCGGAUGCACCGCAAGUUCAAAUGCCCGCAAUGUGACAAGGCGUACACACGGCGGGCAGACGUAAAGAGGCACCAGCUGACCCACACAGGUGAACGCCCGCACCAGUGCGGCAUCUGCGGGAAGGGUUUUGCCCUUCGCGCUGGCCUUCAGAAGCACCAGAGGAUCCACACCGGAGAGAGACCCUUCCAGUGCUCGCAGUGUCCCAAAGCCUUCAGCCUGAUGUCCAUCUUGCACAGGCAUGAGCGCAUGCACACAGGCGAGAGGCCCUUCCUGUGCUCACAGUGCGGCAAGAGCUUCCUCUCUCUGGGCGAGUUGCUUAAGCAUGACAAGUCGCACACAAAUGAGAAGCCACACUGCUGCACCCAGUGCAAGAAGACCUUCAAGUCCAAGCGAGGGCUGAAGGAUCACAUGCUCAGGCACAGCGGCCUGCGGCCACACGCGUGUUCUUACUGUGGCAAGAAGUUCACAAAAUCUUUUGCCUUGAUCAGGCACCACAUGAUGCACACGGGCGAAAGGCCGUUUUCAUGCACAUACUGCGAUAAAACGUUCCUGACCUCUACAGAGAUGUCCCUCCACCAGCGCAUGCACACUGGAGAGCGGCCCUUCAGCUGCUCGGAGUGUCCCUGGAAGUUCCGGACGUCCUCGGAGUUGACGAGGCACAAACGCACACACAGCCAGGAGAAGGUGUAUGACUGCAACUGCUGUCCCAAAACGUACAAGAGCUUGGCCAAACUGAAAAGCCACAUACGCAUCCACGCAGCGUUUGACCGAGCCAGGUGCCUUACUGACGGCGAGGUGGCUAAAAUUGCGUCGACCCGGACGACAGUGCCUCACAUUGCAAAACACACUGGGCGCCAGGUGGCGCUGUGGAGAAACGCCGAGAAAAGCUCGCAGCGAGCACGCCCGGAGGUUGAGCGUGCACGUCCGACAGCGCUGAGGCUUCUCUGCCCGGACUGGUUUGAAGCGCUGGAGGCGGCGGCUGUGAGGGAUGCAGGCGCCCCGCUCGGAGGAGAUCCGCGCCCGCUGAAGUGGAACUGCGAGGAGCCUGACCGCUGCGGGGAUGGACGAGGAGCUGCCCGGGCAGCAGAGCGCAGCAGGUACCCGACUCACUCAGGCUGGCUGACCAAAGUUAACGCAGGCAGAAAGUUUCUCACACCGCUUAAUGUCCGCACUCCGCCGUGUGGUCACGUUCCUCUGCGUCUGCCCUCCCUGUGCCUGUUGGUCCCACCUCUCCGCCUCAUGUCUGCGGUCAUGUGGCGCACUGUGCAGCAGCGAGAUGUAACGCAGUACGGGAUGCUUGCUGACUUUGUGUCGUUGGUUACUGAAGCCGUCCCCGAGCUUUUCAGUCACACACAUGGAGUUGAGCUUAUUCUGGGCCUGCGAGCAAAGCUGAUUUUAGAGUUGUGCCGCAGGGACGGUCCAGUGGAUAUACAUGCAAUCCAGCCUCACCUCAACAGCAUUCAGUUGUCCCUUCCUCUGGUCAAGUGUGUGGACAGCGUAGAAGUGGAAGAGACCGGAAUUCACUUUGUGGAGCUGGUCCAAACGCUCAUGAAAGACCCUGCUGAGAGAGAGGACUUCUUUCAGAAUGUGUUUCCAGUGGAGUUUGGCCCAAACUAUGACUCUGCAGUUCAGACCCUGAUGUGGGACUUCCUCUCCAGACUGGAGCGCUUCCUGCUGGUCCCUGAUCUUCUGCAGACUGUCGCUUGGCUCGGCGCUGAGUCUUGUGCUUUAAAGGACUAUGAGGAAUUCAUCAGUAAACCAGAUAACCUGAAGUCACUGCUCCAUCACCAUAAGUGCCUUGGGCACCUCGACACUUGUGCAGCCUCCUCACCGUCCCUAAAUAUGAGUGACUGCAUCCUGUCUGCUUUGGCUGGCAAGAAUAAGGGCGUGGAUCAGCUGAGUGCAGGCAGUUGUCUGCUUAAUCCACCUGAUGACUCUGUUCCCACUCAGAUCCCUGUGUGUGUUAUGGAUGGGACAGAUGUAGAGACGGUGGUGGUUGUGUCUGAGUGGACUGAGAUUGAAUUAGGAGGAAAUCAAGAGGAGUCCCUGCCAGAAGUAGAAACCGGUGAGGAUGGUGGCAGUGCACUACAUGCCACUGAUUCUGAGCAGGGAGAGUUGGAGUACUGUGUAAAGACCGAGGAAAAUGAGGGUUCAGGAGAAUCUGCUCUGCAGCACAAAGAAGGCCGUGCGCCUGUCGAUGGCCCUGAUGAAUCCAGGGAAGAUGAGGAUCUUUGUCCCAUGAGUUCAGAAACAGGACAGUUGAACCGUGACACUGAAGAGGCGCAGGGUCUGUCAUCUGAUGUCACGCCCACUGUGGCGUCUACGUUCGUCAUGCCUCUACAACCUCGUGAGCCUAUUGGUUUUUCCACAGCCGCUAGUGGGACCCGGAGAUCAGCUCGAAAACCUAAAAAGACUUGGAAGAUUAAAAUGGUGAAUCUUCAGAAGGAGAAAAGGAAGUCUAUUGCCGCUAAAGUUGUAAAUACUCUAAAGAGGAAAAGCAAUCCUGUUGCACCUGAAGCCAAUUCAAAUCCGAUUGCCCUGGAUAACAGGGAUGCAGCUGAACUAUCUGAAGUGUCUCCUGAUCUUGUCUCAGAUGAAGUAAACACAGACGUCUCCUCAGAGGUUUUUUCCUGUCAAAAGUGUUCAUUCACUCACACUCAAGAGCGGUACCUGAAGAGCCAUAUCAAAAAGAUCCACCCCAUACCAGUGGAGGAGAACGAGAAGGAACCCCAUGUGUGCCAGGUGUGUGGUAAAGGCUACCGCUUCCCUGGCAUGCUGAAGGCGCACCAGCGCACACACACGGGCGAGCGGCCCUUCCAGUGCACAGCAUCUCGCUGCGGGCGCCGCUUCUCGCACAUCCAGGCUCUGCGCCGCCAUCGUCUCACGCACAACCCCAAAGCUGUUCAUAAAGCUCCUGAUGAUGGGCCUGAGGCCGAUGAGCCUGAGAAAGAGGAGGCUGAGAGUCAGGAGGGUCAAACGUACAACUGCCUCUACUGUGGAGAAGGCUUCAGCUCUCUCAGUGCUCGCCGGGACCACCACAAGACGCACCCCGAGGAAGAGAUGAACCGUUGUAACGACUGCGGCAAGCAGCUCAGCUGCCAGGCGGCCCUCAUCAGGCACAAGCGGGGCCACCUGGAGGACCGGCCUCACAAGUGCACCAUGUGCAACUCUAGCUUCACCUGCGUGACCAGCUUUAAACGCCACUUGCUCACGCACCAACCUGAAAGGCCAUACCACUGCAGUUGUGGCAAGGGCUUCACCUACAGGGGCGCCUUGCUGUCGCACCAGCGCACACAUGUGGCGGAAAGACCCUACCACUGCUCACACUGUGACAAAAGCUUCCUCUACCCUGGGGCUCUGAGGAAGCACGAGUGGACCCACUCCAAAGAAAAGCCCUAUCUUUGCUCACACUGUGGCAAAAGCUUCAAAAGGGAGAGAACCCUCCGGGCACACAUGGCCGGCCACACUAAGGAGAAGAUCUACAAAUGCUCUCUGUGUGACAAGACGUUCUCGUACAAGGCCAGUCUGACGAGACACGAGCUCACCCACUCCGGCGAGAGGCCUUUCCUCUGCUCCGAAUGCGGGAAGACCUUCUUCUCGUUCGGAGAGCUGCUAAAGCACCAGCGCUACCACACCGGACACAAGCCCUUCCAAUGUGUGCACUGCGACAAGAGCUUCACGCAAGCCUGCUAUCUUCAGCUGCACACCAGGUACCACACCGGAGUGCGUCCCUACACCUGCCCUCAGUGCAGCAAAAGUUUCUUCACAUCCUGCCGCCUCAAAAGACACAUGCAGAUCCAUACGGGAGAGAAGCCGUUUGAGUGCAUGGAGUGCGGGAAGAGGUUCAGACAGGCGUAUGUGCUGAAGGUGCACCAGCGGACUCACGUAGGAGGCAGGAUUCAGAGUGUGAUCAACGACAGUUUGUUCUGACCCUUUUUUGUGUUGUGAAUAGGAACAAGGCUAAUUUAAUUACAGCUGGACUUUCAUUUCAAGAGGUUCUCUGAACACUAAAGACCAGAUCGGUCGUGUUUUCAUUUAAGUCCGAUAUCGUCGCAUCAGUUGUUUUCUUGUUAUGACUGUAUCAGUGUUUCUCUUUAGUUCCUCACCUGAACCCGAGUACAUCAGGUUAUUUAUUUUUUCUAGCACUACCUUGUUGAUGCCUUAAUGACGAACCUUUGUAAGCAGAGGUAAAUGCAUAGAAGACAUACAAACAGCACACUAGCUCGAUCCUUAAGCUGAUGGGCUUUUCAUGUUAAUACUUCACAACCAGCUUCUGGUGACCUUGGACUAGCCUCACUUUCCUAAGACCAAUCAUUCAUUCUUAACCACUGUAAGAGAACCUGUAAGUGAUCUCAGUUCUGCCUGAAAGAGCAGCAUCUACAGGGGCCCACUUCACUGGCUCUCCGUGCUGCUCCUGGAGCUCUAGUGCCCUGCAUGUUGUAGUGUUCUCCCUGAGUCAGCACAUGGAGUUCACCUCAGGAAGGGCUUCUUAUUUACUUCAUUAGAUGCAUCAGGAGUGCAGGGUAGUGGUACUGCAGGACCAGGAUUGAGAACCAUUGUAUAUGCAGUUCAUGAUGUCGGAGCUCCAGUAAGUUGGUUGUUAUAACUUCCAUUACAGCAGGCAUUUCAAAACUGGGUUCCUUCCAAGCCGUAGCUCUGAGAAGAUAAACGUUUCCCUUCAUCUUGAGCUCUGAAUUAAAUUCACAAAGCCCUUGCCAAUUAGCUGAUGAAUUGAAAUGCAGUGUUUUUAUGUCCGCAUCUUUUUGGCCCGUGAGGAAUGUAGGGCAACAUGUGCGUUAAGCUGUAAUAUUUUCUUAUAUUUGUGCUAGACGACUUUAAAAGAGUACAAAAGAAUCACGCAGAGUAGGAAUCGUUGGUUUGAACAAGGAGAAGCAAACCUAUACAAGCAUAGUGCAAAUCAAGAUGCUAUUCUUUUUGUAUGGAAGCUACUGUGGUGAGUUUUUCCUGUAAAUUAACCCGUCAUAGUGCUUACAUGAGUUUUUUUUUUUUUUUUUGAUAAUAUUUCCCUUAUUUGCCUGGAAUUUUCAGAGGAUAAAACAAAUGGAUAUUAAUAAAUAAUGUAAAAGUCUGUCCUUUAAUUAGAGCUUUUAUCCUCCUGUUUAUUUGUCUUCUAGAUCCCUGAAACCAAUUAAAACGUUUUUAACCUUAAUAUAAAA